GAAUUAUUUUCCUAAAAGCAGGCAUUAGAUUGUUGGAGUAGGACUGGCCAAAAAUGAGGUACAUUGGAAUUAUGGCAGGCUUAUGCAAUGUAUUAUAAUAUACUGUUACUAAACCCCCAUUUUUUUUUCCUAAGUGAGAUUUUUUUUUUUUUAAACAAAACAAAACAAAAAAUGUUUUAUUGGUAAGCUUUGAAAUUGCUGUUUAGUAAAUGAGUGCGUGUGCUGGAUCUUGUAUGUUACCUGUUACCUUAUAAAGUCUGCAUGUUCAGAUGAGUGCAGCCCUCUUGGUUUCAUACAUAUGCACACACAAGCAGCCCCAUUAUAUAUUUAUAGCACUCUAAACUUAUUCCAAAAUGUAUGGAAAUAGCAGAGAUUCCUUCGAGUGGAAGUUCACAUAGCAGCUAUUGUACAAAUUAAUAGCAGAAACUACAACCUCCAUUACUGGGCCAUAUUUGUGGAACAAAAAGAAUACUCUGUAGAUAAUAAGGAGGGGCAGAAAACUUGCAUUAAAAGAAUAAUAAUAAUAUGAAGUUAAAUACUAUCAAAUGAAAAAAAAAAUUGGAUUUGUUUAUCCCACAUUAUAACUAACUUUUACUUAAACACAUUGUACCUAAGGUGUGGGUGCCUGGACUGCUACUUUAAAGUGGUACAAAUUGUUACAUCGUUUAGUUGGAUUCCACUGUACACUAUAGUUAGGGCACCAUGCAACAUCCAGCGAUUACAAAGACGACAACCACUAAAGUCUGAUUUAGGGGUUAUGGUAGUAGGAGUGUGUAUAGUGAAGUUAAACUCUGGAUACUUUUUUCCCCCUCAAAUAAUUUAUUUCUCAUUUUAAAGAUUACUGCUUAUGGGGGUAAAAGGGGGGUAGGGGAGGGCAUAAAAUGAAAUUCAUUAACCUCCCCAUUUCUCUACAUGUGGUCAUAUUUAUGAGUAGUAUUAUUUCUAUUUCCAGAUGAAAUUUGAAAUAAAAAUAAUCUACAAUAUAUACAUUUUGGAAAAUUACAGUUUGGGGCAAGAGCUUCUGUAUGGCUUGUUUGGGGGCAUCAGAUAAUUUUAUUUUGAUUUACCUGCUUUGCAUUAUAGUUAUUUCCAUAAUAUAAAUCCUAGGUCUGUGUUUAGAUCUUAUCAUGUUUGCAGACUUUAUAUUGCUUAUACAUCCAGCAAUCAAUCUUUGACCUUUGAACAGAUGUAAUUCACGGUUUGUGUAGUUUUUACUCCACUUCACGGCCCAUGUCAUCUCUUCUUCCUGUGUAUCAUGUCAUCUGUUGCAAUUACUUGUAUGCAUGUCCAACCUACAGCGCUGCUAAAUAUCUUGGUGCAACAGAUUUCAUAGGAAAAAAAUAAAUAAAUGGCCUCUUGUGAUAUGCAUGAAAGUAAUUUUAUUGAACGUUCUAACCUCAGAUUAGCACAGUGCAAACCUUUAAAAGGGACAUUGUAGGUAUCAAAGCAGCUGUAGGUUAAAAGGGACACUCCAAGGCCCAAACAAAAAAUAAAUAAAUCACUCUUUAGUAGACACACCCCAAUGAAAACAUGCAUGCAUUGAAUUAUGCAUUUUUUUCAUUAAGGGUAGAUCUACAACCAGCUUGCAAAAGCUGAAGAUCUCUUGUUUGCGGGAUAUGCAAGCCCUCCUCUUCUAACUCCACCUCGACUUUCUGUGGCGACCAUGAAGUGAAAUGGAGAGAGAGAAUAAAAUGUUGUGAGUCAAGAAAAAGGAUAGAUUCCAUAAUAAAGUGGGAAUAAAUAAAAAGGAAAUGAAACGAGAACAUAAAGUGGGAGAGUGAAUGAAAAUAGACGAUUUAAUAAAGAGAAUAAAGAAAAGGUAAUGCGCAAUAUGGAAUGGGUGGAGAUGAGGCAGAAGACAGAAAGUUUGAUUGAAGAAUGGACAAGACAUAGUAUGAUGGGCUUAAAGAUAGGAACAAGGGAGAUGGUAAAGAGACAGACAGAAAAAGGGAAGAUAAAAUUAGAGGGAGCUGAAGAGGGAGGGGAACCAUGAAGUUGAAUGAAUGGAAACAUGUGUAAGAAGUAAGGUUGGCGAUUGACAUAAAUGGUUGUAAUAAUGAUUUUUGCACAAUGCAGGGGUAUUGUUGGAAUUCCAAGUGAACUUAAGAUUUGAGACCAAAAUAACAAAACAGAUAACAGAAUUGACUUUGGGAAGUUCUGUAAUUCAGCUAUUUUGGCCUAUAAUUUGAAAUUCUAUUUAAAUGUACCUUGAAUUUCAGGAAAUUCAGACUUUAGUGAAUAACCCUGUUAGAUCUGGUCUCUCACUAAAUCUAUCCUUCCACUCCAAAGGAAUUGGAGAGCACUGAUGUAAGGUAGUAGCAAUACACUAUGAUGUGGUAUAGAAUUUACAAGUAUUAUAUCAAACAUCUAUUAUGGUUUAGGAGUCAGAAAGAUCAUUUGCAAAUUUGGAUUUCUUGGACAAAGCAAAUGACAGGUUGACAUAUCAAACCAUACACUUUUUUGGCCAUUUAACCCUUACCUAUGAGGAAUUAGUGACAAAACCAAGAAUUUCUGAUUUAGCACAGCUAUUGUACAUUUUAUGUCAACAUUUCCAAAUUCAAAAAGCACAAAAAAAUAAAAAAAAUAAUUAAAAAAAAAGGGAUGAAGGAAAAUGUAGUUGAAAGUAAUUUGCGCAUGACUGUGUGUAAUCAGCUAUAACCGAGUUUGCUGAGUCUGCCACAUACAGCCAUUUGUAUCCCACCAUGGAACAUCACCAGAUACAGCCAUCUCCACCUUAUCAUGAAACAUUACCAGACUCAGUAAUUUGUACCUUAUCAUGAAACAUCACCAACAAAGUCUGCUAUACUCCACCAUUGGACAUUACCAGACACAGCCAUUUGUACCACACCAUGAAACAUCACCAACACAGCCAGCUAUAUCUCACCAUGAAACAUCCCCAACACAGCCAGCUAUACCACACCAUGAAACAUCACCAACACAGCCAGCUAUAUCUCACCAUGAAACAUCACCAACACAGCCAGCUAUAGCUCACCGUGAAACAUCACCAACACAGCCAGCUAUAUCUCACCAUGAAACAUCCCCAACACAGCCAGCUAUACCACACCAUGAAACAUCACCAACACAGCCAGCUAUAUCUCACCAUGGAAUAUCCCCAACACAGCCAGCUAUAUCUCACCAUGAAACAUCCCCAACACAGCCAGCUAUAGCUCACCAUGAAACAUCCCCAACACAGCCAGCUAUAGCUCACCAUGAAACAUCCCCAACACAGCCAGCUAUAUCUCACCAUGAAACAUCCCCAACACAGCCAGCUAUAUCUCACCAUGAAACAUCCCCAACACAGCCGGCUAUAUCUCACCAUAAAACAUCCCCAACACCGCAAGCUAUAUCUCACCAUGAAACAUCCCCAACACAGCAAGCUAUAUCUCACCAUGAAACAUCCCCAACACAGCCAGCUAUACCUCACCAUGAAACAUCCCCAACACAGCCAGCUAUAUGACACCAUGAAACCUCACCAGGUAGUGCCAGCUUUGCCAGCAGUUCUUGCCUUUCACCUAAACUCCCCUUUCCCCAUUUAGUUCCUUGGGACAAAAUAGAAACAAGAUCCAGUCAUGCAGGCUGAUGAUAGAAACUGGCUGAUUUUAGUCAGUGGAACCAGUUUGCUCCCCUCCCCUGUUUCAGGUGUCUAUCUCCCUGCCACGCCUUGUCCCGGGGGGAGGUGGAGAGGCGGAGAGAUAGGGGGGAAGGAAGGCAGAGUUCUGUGAGUCUCUACCAGUCUUCAGAGUAUUGAGCGAGUCACCGGGACACCAGGGGACCUGAGCCCCCGGACCCCAAUAUAGUUUGGAGAAAGUUUCUGUGGGUUAAUUCUUGCGGACAGAGCAGGAGAUAACAGAGGUCAGGAGACAGCAGGCGUUCAAGGUAAGAACAUUCUGUGUUCUAUUCUCAGCUCCUGGUUACAAGGUAUCCACAUCCCUGGAGGAUUCCAUAUAGUUGUGGGGCUUGUUCUGUGGAUGGGGGAUGGUUGGAGGCACAGACCAGGCUGUGGGUUGUAGUUUGUUUAGUUAACUGACCGUUUACAAUAAUGUUCUAAAAAUCAAUGAUUAGGCAAUAGCUAAUAAUAGCCGUUAUCCUGAUUUGUUUAUUAGGAUAGAUUUGCUUUUAAUCUGCACAGGUGAGUGAGUCAGGUGAUUGCAGUGUAUUACCUGUUAAAACAGGAGGGAUUACCAACAGGUAUAUUCACAAUGUUAUGGAACUGCAACUCCUAUAAUGCUUUGCCAGACUCAAGUUGUACUAGACAGGAAGGCUUUACCAUUUAGUGUGUGUGUAUGUAUAUAUAUAUAUAUAUAUAUAUAUAUAUUUCAGCAAAAAAAGUGGCCACUCAAAGGUCUUGUUUAGUGAAAACUUUUCUUUUUUUCUUUUUUAAGCAAAUGUAUUAGUGUGGCAUCAACGUUUCGGAUCUGUUCAUGAUCCUUUCUCAAGACAUAAUACACCAGUACAAUACAGCAUUUCUAAAAUAUACACAAUAUAAUGAUUAAUUGAUUAACUUACAUUUUUUUUUUUUUUUAUUCACUAAACAAGACCUGUGAGUACCCACUUUUUCUUUGUCUAAAUAUUUGGAUAUUUAUUGGUUCAAGCCAUUACAAUAUUUCUUUUGGAAAAGUAAUUGGAGAACAGUGAGUGCAUUCAUCCCUGUAUAUUGAUAUAUAGUUACUUAUUACACAGUUUAGAUCAAAAUAGCUACAUUGGAAAAUGUUUAAAUUCACCUUACUGGGCUUAAAAAAAAGAACUAAGAAAAAGUUUUAUAGUUGAAGACAAUUUGCAGUAGAAAGGUUGGGCUUAUCGGAUGAGAUCAGUUGGUAAACAAGUGAAUACUGAAUUUGCAGAGCUAAUAUUCUUGUCUGUAGCUAUUUACUUCCUAUGUGGAGUUAUGAUUUUUCAGGUAAACAUUUUACAGUAUGACCCAAUUCUUCCACAAUUUUUUCUUUAAUCCCGUUGUUUUCGUCUAAGAAUGAUAGUUAUUAAAUCUUUAAUUAGUCUCUGUAUUUAAUCCGGAGGAAUGUUACAGUCAUUGCCAAAGCAUAGGGCUUUAUAACUACAAUUUCCAUUAUUUCUUGUUGGCCUUAAAGGAACAUUACAUUGACUACUCCCCCUCCCACCCCCAUUACUUUUUAAGUGAUUAGUAGAUAUGGAUUUUUCCUUUUGGGUUGUUUCUCCAGGACUCCAGUUGUUUUGGACUAUACCUCCCUUAAUGCUCUGCCAGCAUUAUGGGUGUAAGAGCAUUAUGGGAGCUGUAGUCCACAACAUCUUGGGUGCAGAAGGUUGCCUAUCCCUGGUAUAGGGUAUAGUAUAUUUGCUCAAUGGACCAAUUUAGUAUCUUACUCAGAGGACUGAAAGUACAAGGGGUAUCUAUAUUUUGUUUGUUGAAAGGACUUACAGUAUAUGGUGGGUGAUCCUGGCUAAAGGACCAAUGGUAUGGGGUGAGGGGGGUUCUCUCAAUUUUACUCUUAUUGAAAGGACCCAUAAUAUGAUGGAGGGGUUUCUGUAUUUUACGGUUUUUCAAAGCUGAAGCCUCAUGAUGGAUCUUUAUAACCCGAAUACCAAAAUUACAGGGGCUCAAAAAAUUAGUGUCUAUAAAUUUUUUUGUUUUAAUUUUUUUUUAUUACUUUUUAAAUUCUAGGGAAGGAUUUUAAUUUUCUAUACUUUCCUCGAUAUGGUGGCUGACAUUUAAGAGACUGCAACGCAGCCAUCUUCAGUUGAAAGCAAUGUAAGGGUUGAAUUCUGUGAACUAUGUAACAUUCUUGUCUUGCAAAUAGGCAUUGAAAUGUAGUUUGCAAGAUGGUAGCUACCUGCAACAGCUUUCGCCUAUUUCCUCUGUGUAAAAUGCACACUUUGUUCUCACAAACUUGGCUGGGAGACUUGGUUGUUUCCUAUUUUUUCACAGCAGGGUUUAUACAUUGUUCUUGUAAGAGUUGUUAACCCUUUAUAGGAUCUCUGCAAUGCAAAUUGUUUCUGUAAAACUACAUGUAAAGCAAAUCUUCUAUUAAAUAAAGUUGUUUAUUUACUUAGCUUAAUAAACCGAUAGUUAAUUUGCAAAAUUUUGUCAAUUUAGUUUGGUAUUCUCUUCAUUUCUCAGACAGUCAAGGUUAUUCAGUAAUGUGUGAAGUAUCAGAAAUUCAAAGUAAAUUUUUAAUUUUAGGUCAAAAUAACCAAUAUGAAAACUUAUCUGGCUCUGAGAAUCUUUCCAAUACGACUACAGAUGUUUAAAAUAUGAAUGCCUAACAAGUCACACUUUACUGAAAAACCCUGAUUGAAUAUUUCACAAUGGCUUUUGAAGAGUUAAGUGAUCUUCCUCUCCCAAGAUAUUGUGGUAGCGUUUUUGUGGUGUGCAUGUUGAGCUUGCAAUGUGGAUGGCAGGGCUACAUUUAUGUAUUUGAUUGUGGGAGUUGUUCAGUUGUGGGAAUACAAACCAUACAAUAUAUUCAUACUUACACAAUCAUGACUAUAUUUUCUGAUAUUUUGGUUAAAAAAAAAAAAAAAAAUCUGUUUCACUGUCAUUUUUUUUUACCAUUAAAAUUUAAGUGACCAAUCUUUUAUUAGUUCUAUAUCACUUAAAGGGGCACUAUAACUACUACAGAGAAUGUACGGUGUUUAGUGUCUGUUUACAUUUCAGACUGUUGAAACUACAUUUUUUUUAAAAUUUUUGUCAAGAUGGGCACUGUUAUAUUUUUAGUUUCCUUUUUUAUGAAAUGUGCCCUUACUAUGGCCAGGAACUGACAAAAAAAAAAUAUGAAUUUAAAACCCAAGAUUCAAAGACAGAAAUCUAUCAUGGUCACAUUUUUCCAUGUUCCUCGGCCGUGUGACUGCUUGUGAAAGACUCCUACAGCAAAAAAUAUAUGCAUAUACAAUGUAUUGCAUAAAAGGAACAAUGUUUUCCUUACAAACACCUGAACAUUUAUGGAUCACGUGUAGUGACAUGUUACAUGUGAAGAGAAACACACUGAUAGUGCUUUCUGACAUAAACCUGAUCCCAGUCCGUAUAGAGGUGUAAGCUUAGACCCUGGCAUCUCUCUAUAAACGUGGUUAUUUCAAGCAGACACUGCAUUAUUUAUUUGUUUGUUUGCGGUUUUUUUAAUUGUUUUUUUGUUACAUUACUUUUUAUCCUAUUCUUGUCCUUUAGGUUGAACGUUGCGGAUUUCCACCUGGUCCUGCAAAAUAAAAAAUGUCGUCGCACAGGCAUUUUGAAAGCCCCCCAAUGUCGUCGAACAGGCAUUUUGAAAGCCCCCCACCUUAUAACCCAAAUGAAUAGUAAGUAUUUUGCAUCCUUAUUGAAUAUGAAUUAGUUAUGUAUUUGUUUUUUAAUUGAAGCUAUGAUGAUUCCCGCAAAUAACUUAAUGUUGCAAAUAUGGAUAUUGGCCUCUAAAUUAAACAUACUGCAUCUGAUAAAGUGCUGUAACAUAAAGUCACUGAAAAUGGAUUCACUGAAAAGACACGAACAACUCAUGUAUACUUGUUUGUCUCCUAUGAAUGAGUGGUGAGACACAGAAAGGGACCUCGUAUGUGUGUGUGUAUAUAUAGCUAUCUAUCUCUCUCUCUCCUCCUUCUUCUUCUCCACCCCUCAUACCCCCCCAAUAGGUUUACUCACAUAAAUAUAUAUAUACACACAAACAUUUUAUAUAGUAAACCUUUUUGGGGGCGGGGGGCCUGAGGGGUUUAAUGGGCUAUUUUGGGGUUCCAUUUGGCUUUUUUUGCCUAAAAUUUUAAAAUUCACUUUGAAUACUAACAAUAACAAUUCACACUUUAGUGAUCCUAUAGACUGUAAGCUCAUUUGAGCAGGGUCCUCUUUAACCUAUUGUUCCUGUAAGUUUUCUUGUAAUUGUCCCCCCCCCCCUCAUAAUAUUAUAAAGUGCUACGGAAACUGUUGGCGCUAUAUAAAUGGCAAUAAUAAUUAAACUCUCUAACCAUAAAACAUCAGGUCUUUAAUGAGCUACUAUACAUCUAAUGUGCUACGUGGGGCAUUGCUACUUUAACACAUGAUGUAAGGAUGUGAAUCCCUGCGUUGAGACAGUAGAUAAUUUAAUGCAUCGGACUGCUAUAUACUACACCUCAGAGCAAUUUUCAGUAACUGCAUUCUUAUAGUAUCUUUGUCGGGAUGAACCAGACUGGGUAGUUUCUUCACAACAUGUCAAUAAACGAUGAUUUCAGAAGUGGAGUUUUAUACCGAAUUUGAAGGAAAACAAGUUAUUCAUGGUAUUAGCGGGAUUGUUGGGAAUUUGCUAUGUUUAGAUUAGACAGGGUGUACAUUUUUGUUUCUUUAACUACUUGUAGUCCUAUCCACCCAUUCCAAUUAUAUCCUUGACGUGCCUCCCUGUGAAUAGAAACUGCUAUAAUGAAAGGCAGCUGCGUAUAUGUUCGCACGUGGAUGAACUCAUGCUUAGGGCGGAUCUGCAAUAUUUACGGUUUUGCUUAUUAUCUGUAAUUUGAUGUAAAUCUUGCUGUGUUCUAAUCAUAAUGUGCUACAAAACAGAACACCCUUUAAUAAACUGAAUAGGUAUAAAUGAUGAGGGAUAAUAUUUUUAUGGAAUUUAAAGCCAAGCUGUGACUAUAGCAGAGUUGGAAUUUUGUGUUUCCAAAUGACUUCAUGGCCAAAAUGUUGCAACUCUGUUUACAAUUCAGUGUUUAGUGCAAUGGUUUCUAGCCUGGUCUUCAAGUCAAAGUGACAGUCCAAGGUCUAGGCAUUGGUAACUACAGACUCUGAUAAAACCUGGUCUACUGGUUUGCCAUGUGCAUGGUGUUGGAAACACCUUAUUUAUUGAACAAACCUCAAUAGUUGUAAUUCAGAUCCCACUCAAUGACUGGAAAACCAACCUUUUGAGGUUAGUAGAGGUAAUACAAAAUGCAGUGUAUCAGUCAAGCAUUUAUUGGAUCAUUUGGACAAAAAAUGUAACAUACAUGUUAAGGCCCAGAGGCUGAAGCAUUGAUUUUUAGUUUUGUUCCAAUAAAGUCUUGACUGAUGCGUUACAUUGUGACACCCAGCAAUUGCUUCUGUUAGCUACAAUUUUGGGUCCUGCGGAUCCCUGCCAUUGAGUUCUGAUGUUUUGUCUCUAAAUUACUAAAUGUAUAUGUUGUGAGAGUUUUCGCUAAUGGCAGAAAUUCUGGGAAGAUAAAACAUAAGCACGUAAAUUACAAAUUUUUUCUUUUUUCUUUCUCUAUAUAGUGAUCUAUACUUUUAUAGAUAGUCUUAUUGGUAUUAUUGUAACCUUUAACAGUUUAUCGUCAGAUUUUUUUUUUCAUACUUGGGCUCUGAAAAUGAAAAUCAGAGCUGGCUGGGAUUUUCUGGACUUGUGUAAAAGUGACCAGAGCAGAAUACUUAGUGUAGACUUCAUCAUUUAGAUGGUGUAUGUAUAUAAUGUUUGUAGUGUGUGUGUGUGUGUGUGUGUGUGUGAAUAUAUAUAUAUAUAUAUAUAUAUAUAUAUAUAUAUAUAUAUAUAUAUAUAUAUAUAUAUAUAUUCUCAUUUUUUGUGUUUUAUUUUUUACUCUUCUACAGCAAGCCGUCCAACUAUGCCCCGAGCAGAGAUGUGUAUGGUGGCGAGAUGCACUCACAGCCAGCUUACUCCUACUACCCAGAUGAUGAGGUUCAACACUUCUACAAGUGGUCUUCUCCUCCAGGCAUCAUCAAGAUAAUGGCUAUUCUUAUUGUUGUCAUGUGUGUUGGCAUCUUUGCCUGCGUAGCUUCUACCUUACCCUGGGAUUUGGAUAUAACAGGACAGUCCAUGGGUUACGGCUUUGGUGGAUCUUCUGGUUAUGGAGGAUACGGAGGAUAUAAUGGCUAUGGAUUUGGAGGAUCAUCAGUAGGAGGGGGUUUUGCUUAUGGAGGAAAUUAUACAGACCCCCGAGCUGCCAAAGGCUUCAUCCUUGCCAUGGCUGCCAUUUGCUUUAUUGUUGCCAUGGUGAUUUUUGUAUUGAUGGUUACAAGGAAUCACAUCGCUACCACCCGUAAGUUCUUCCUGAUCGUUAUUGUGGUGUCAGGGGUCAUUGGCGGUUUGGUCUUCAUUGCCUCCAUUGUCUAUACCAUCGGAGUAAACCCUGUGGCUCAGGCUUCUGGAUCUUCGUUUUACACCCAGAUUGUUUCUAUUUGUAACCAGUUUUACUCUCCAGUAACUACCGGAAUGUUUGUCAAUCAGUAUCUUUACCAUUACUGUGUGGUGGAACCACAAGAGGUGAGUGUUGCACGUCGUUUGUGUUGCACAUAAUAUUUACACCGAUAACUUUGUAUUUAUUUCCUCUAUGGCUAUUGUUUGAAUGAGGAAACAGAAGACGUGUCAUUAACUGAGCUCUGCUUCAUAAGUUCUAUUGAGAAAUUCAAAGUUUAAAUAUCAGUCUCAUUACUGUGAUUACAAACUGAUUUUUGGAUGUAUUGGUCAUAUUUUCUGUAAAAAGCAUCCCUCUGUUUCAUAUCAAAUCAUCCCCCAAAACUAACCCAAAGGCAAUUCUUUUGAAUUGCAAUACUUAUUGAGACACUCCAAGCCCCAUAAUGUAGCUAAUGCCAUUUGUAUAAGUUAUGUUGCAAGAACAUCCCCCUCUUACUGCUUUAGUGCACCCUCCCCCCCCCCACCUCUUUUCUGAAAUUCCAUAAGGAAGAGGGACUGAACUGGCAAUUGAGGGGGGAUGGGCUAGAGAGGGGGGCAUCUUAUGAUGAGCAUGGCCUCUUCUAGAGUCGGCAAGUUAGCUUGAUGCCGAUGCAAGGCAGUCCAUGUUCAGAGCUUUGUGAAAAGGUUCUGUGUCAGCUUGGUGUAAUUCAGUAGUAACCGAAGUGGGGGAAGAUAGGUAUCCACAAAGCCCGACACCUUUCUGCUCUGCAUUGUAUCAUACAGUAGCUGCACCUGUUGAGAAAGCAUGUCAUUGUGAAACUUGUUCUGCUCUUGGUUGGCUGUUCCUUCUGCCGUGAAUAAUUCCAUGUGCUUUUGGUUUACGUUAUUUCUAUUUUUGGCAUUUUUACUUUGAUAAUGGAUUUUAAUUUUUUUUUUUAUUUAUAUGCAUACACAGUAUAUGCUACCAUAUGCAUCGUGUUAUGUUAUCAAAUAUAGUGUACCCUGUGACCCAGUAAGUGGGUUUUGACAUGAAGAAUUGUCAUUGUUGUCUGCAGAGCUAAAUGCAAGUGCUGACAUCCUGUGAGAGAUAGCAAAAGCAGGCCAUCAUUACACUGCAUUCUAAAUGGCUACCUUAUUUUCCAAAUAAAAAAGUGGUAUGUCUUGUGGUGUGAAGUACUGUAAUGAGGGUAGAUAAGCAAGGUGACCUGUCAACUUUUCAAUAUCCUGCAUAUGCUUCUGUAUGUAAUAAGUGUUAUUUAUUUAUUUAUUUAUUUAUUUAUUUGUUUGUUUAUUUUUUAUUUAUUUUUAUUAAGUUAAAAAAAAACAUUUUGUGGAGGGGAAGGUCCUAAGUAAAAGCUUGUCCAGGGAGAUGUAACAUGCAGCUUUCCUGGCAUUCUGGAUGCUGUAUUCUUGCAACACUCUGUGAGGAAGUAUCAGCACAGUGUGUUUACUUUAGAAAGUUUUAUCUCCUGCUCAGCUAAUUGAAUUUUAAUCAUACACAGGAGGCCGUUGUAAACACCAACGUGUUGUUAACAGAGCAGGAGCUAUAAUUCUAAAAUAAACAGAAUGUUCAACAAAUUACGUUUAGGCAUUAGAACUCUGUUUAUCGGAAGGAAAUUAUGUAGGUCACAUGGAGGGUAGGGGUGAUAGAGGCUAAACAAAGAUGGAGUUUAACAUGUCUAUGUAUACUCUAUGAGCCAAUAUUAUUAAUAUAAAAUUAUUAAACAAGUCACAAAAAUUUGAAUUUAUAAUCUCUUUUCUUCUUCCUUCCCUCUAGGCUAUUGCAAUUGUAUUGGGUUUCAUGAUUGUUGUGGCAUUUGCCAUCAUUAUAUUCUUUGCUGUGAAAACCCGCAGAAAAAUCAACCGUUGUGGCAAAAUGGGCAUCCUUUGGCAGAAAGAGCACUUUGCGGAACCUGGAGAUCCUCAGGUGGAGGAAUGGGUAAGGAAUAAAAACUGGAAAUCUACAUUGUAGCUGUGAAAACUCAAUUUCUUUCUUUCAUUUGACCUUCCAGAGUACAUUAUAAAUGAUGAUAUUUUUCUACCUGUGUUCUUGGUGGAUAAAUUAUACUAAUUUCUCCUCUAUAAGCAAACCAUUUAGCUAUGGAGUCUUGUAUGACUGGCAAACUGCAAAUGGUAGUGAUUCAAUAAUUCCUUUUGAUAAUCCAUGGAACCUAGAUGGAAUGUGUAUAGUCUAGUAUUAGACUAGCAUGCUCAUCCAGUCAUUGAAGGGACAGUAUAGGCACCAAAACAACUCUAGCUUAGUGAAGCCGUUUUGGUGUAUAGAUCAGUCUCGCUGCUCAGUUGUCAGACAUUUAGGAAUGAAACCACUUUUUUUUUUUAAUUCUUUAUUUUUGGUCGUGACACAUAACAAUGUGCAGUUGAUAUGACAUUUGGGUGGCUUGCGCAGAAGCCUGUAUUGGCAUAGUAAGAAGAUUCAAUAGUUAACACAACAUUGCGGCUUACGCAGAAGCCAAAGUAAACAUGGUGGUGUGGACUUGGUUAGUCAAUAUUGCAGUUAAAAAACAUGCCCCGCCACUUUUUCAUUUUUGAUGUUUCGUAUAGACAUCUAUUGCUGUCGCGGCAAAGAAAGAUACCCAGUUAUUGUAGCCUUUUAAGGGCUUUUGCAAAAGCCAGCGUUUACAUUAUGCAAUACAAUAUUUCACGGUUACAUAAAGGCCUUCAUGUAAACGACUUUUUGCAGUCCUUGUCACACCUCCUUGCAUGUGACUUGCACAGCCUUCCUAAAUGCUUCCUGUAUAGAGUCAUCUAAUCUUUACACAUUUAUUUCAAAUUCUGUUUAUUUUAGAAUGUAUUAUCUCCUGCUCUGUUAAUAGCUUUCUAGACCCUGCAGGAGCCUGCUUUAUGUAAUAAAAGUUCAAUUUACAGAGCAGGAGAUAAAACCUUUUAAAGUAAGUUAACAUGUGACUGAAAAUGAAAAAAAAAUUUCAUGCAGGCUGUGUCAGUCAGCCAUGGUAGGUGUGACUAGGGCUGCAUAAAGAGAAACUAAAUUUGAUUUAACUCCUAAAUGGCUGAGAAUUGAGCAGUGAAAUGUCACAUGCAUGAUUUAUACAUUAAGCUAAAGUAGUUUUGAUGACUAUAUUGUCCCUUUUAAGAAAGCCAUCAUGACCCUCUACAACUUAGAUCCCUGCAAUCGGGAUUUAGAUCCCAAAGCUGUUAUUCCCUAAAGAGUGUCCGUACAUUCAGGGCUCUCUGACAGGUCAUGUGACUGAUAUAAAUCAUUUCACUAAGCUUUCUUACAAUAGCUGGAACGGGAAAGUAAUAGGUGUGUCUGUUUAUAUUCUUUUUGAGAUUAAAAAACAACAAUGCCUGUAUAAAUCUGUGCUCGUUAGAGUUAAGUACACUACACACUCCAAUCCAGCUAUUAAAUACUAGAUUUUACAUCUUUUGUGCACAAUGUCUUGUUAAUCUCUUGAAAACAAGUAAUUAUUAUGGAUACUUUGUAUUAAAAUGGGCAAAGAAAACCAGAAUAAACCUUUAUUGAUUGUCCUUUGCACAAAGUUCUGAAAAUGUAUGCAGGAUAUGUAACAAAUGGCCUUAUCUCUGCACUGUCUAACACUGUGCAUAUUCCUUAAACCUCUGGCACAAUGAGAGGUUGGUGGACUUGACUUUAAUAGGCAUGGUUUGUAUUGCAUUAAUGAAGCUCUAUGCACGAGUUAUGAGCCACGUGGGGGUGUUAAAUUGCUCCACAUUGUCAUGCGUGGAUUUUGUCAUGAAUUAAACUUCCCUUGCCGGGUCACUAGUGCACAGUCCAGUUUUCCUAUAGGAAGCAAUGAGAGAAUCCCUUUGAGGGACUCAGGAUAAAAACUGGGAGAGCAGGAUGAAAUGUAGGCAACGUUGGCUUACGUGGAAAAAUUCUCCAACUCCUUUAUAGUCUCAAUUUGCUUAUUUCCACCUAAAUUUUUGUCAUUUGAUUUGUCUGUUUAGUUCAGGGGUAUGCAACUAUCGGUGCACUCCAGAUGUUGUGGACUACAUCUCAGAUAAUGCUCUCACAGCCAUAAUGCUGGCAAACCAUCAUGGGAGAUGUAGUUCACAACAGGUGAAGUGCUAAAGAAUGUAUACGCCUGGUUUAGUGAAUAAAUUACCGUAAUGUUUUAUUUACUCUCUUACUUUUUCCCAUUAUGUCUGUUUAAUUCGGCCAAUAUAAAAGCUACUCAUAGAUCCUUUUUUUAUUUUUAAAAAACUUUUUUUUUUUUGUAAGUUUACUUUAGAUAACGGUUGCACGAUGUACCUUUUUGUGAAAUUUGUAUGUGUGUUUACACAAACCAUUCCCCCACCACCCUGAGAGUUUUUGAAUAACUCGUGUCCAUAUUUUUAAAAACGGAUCUUGGGCCAAGUGGUGAGGUUACUUUCGCCACUGGCCAUAUUUGAGCUUGGAAAAGUAUCUAAUUUUAAAAAGUGAAAGCAAAAAAAAUCUUUCUAUAUUUGUGAAUUCUAUACGCACGUUGAUUUUUCUUCCCAAACAACUACUUUGAAUAGAAUAAUCAAAAUGACCACAAUGUUUGUUUUUGUUUGUUUCGUCUGUGGUUUUUUUCAUUGCUACGUCCAAGGAAACAGGUUUUCAAAAACUUUUAAAACCUUGUGACUGCAUAAAAUCUUUAAUGGUUUGUUGUAAAUGAGCAGAUAAACCAUGUUAUAAACUUUUUACAGAUACUGGUUAAAUAAAUAAAUCUGGAGUCCAAAUUCUAUCGUGGAGAUUAUUGUGAUAAAGAGCUUCUUUGUGCAGAUGAUAACACGUGAAGAAGAAUGUUUUACGCUGCCAGUUUCUGGGUGUGGUCUGUAGUUUCAUUACAUAGUCAUUCUGUUUACCCUGGAUGCAAACCGGAAACAGAAGAAUGCAACUUGCUGCUGCUGCAAAUAUACAGGGGUUUUAGGCUCAUAUGUCCUUUGUCUCUCAGAUUCCGAUUGCCAUAGUAACUGUGAAAUUGGAGUGUUCACAUUCAUGCUGGGAAUAACUGGAGUGAGAAGUAGGGAGGGCAUGCAGUAGAUGCAGACACUAGGUGUGCUGUUACUGCAAGCUAAUUUAUAUUUCACUACCGAGACAUGCAAAAGAAAAUGCUUGCAUGUUGUUGUAGUGUUCUUUUUAGGGUAUAUCUGCUAAAUGGUAAAGUUGUAUGUGUACAUAUGUGAAUAUAUUAUAACUUUUACCAUAUCAUAGAUCUUCCAUUUACUUUACCAUUUUGUAGAUAAGUACACUAUAUAAUCAAUAAUAAUAGUGUGUAUAAUUAUUAAUAUAGUGUUCCAUUUAAUAUGGACAUAUAUUCACUAUUACACUAUCUCCCCACAUUAGGCGUCUUAAAUUUUGUGAUUGAUGCCUAAACCUUUUUAUAAUUGAGUGGAUUCCAGAGUCUGACUUUCUCCUCCAAUAAUCUUGUUCCUUCUACUAUUGUCCUUUUUUAUACUUUAUUUUUUUUUCCUUCGUCGUCCUCUACAAUUGACCUCUGUUUGUUACUCUGACUCAAAGCAAGAAAAACUAGUUAUUCUGCCCACUAACUGCCAUUACAUUUAGUAGGAAAGUAAUGUGCCUUAUUUUCAGAAACUGCUUUCACAUAAACCACAUUUUUAUUUAUUAUUCAUUCUUUACAAAGCACCAACAAAUUCCUUAGCAAUGUACGAUGUGUGGACUAACAGGAACAGCGGAUAUUGAUGCCCUGCUCGAGCAAGCUUACAUUCUAGAUGGAGUGGGGUAAAGUGGGAUGUAUCAUGUACGUGAAAAAAGUAGGUUGUUAGAGUAGUUUACAAUGAAGGUUAGUUUAUUGGCGGAAACAGUUGGAAUAGAGGAAGCUGGGUAGGUUACCAAGGUACCUGGAUGGAAAACUAUUAACAGUUUAAUUGAUAUGCCCUCCUGAAGGAAGGAACUAAGACUAGGUAAGAGUCUAACAGAGCAGGGAAUGGAGUUCCAUAGGAACAAAGCAGCUCUAGAGAAGUCUUGACGGUGGGUGUCAGAGGUGCGAGUACGAACAGCGAAUAGACGCAGAAUUUUGGCAGAAUGUAGGGCUCUGAUCUAUUAUGAGUGCCUCCAUCUUGGUUCCCGGUCUUUUAUUUUUAUACACAAUGCCCUUUGCACUUGUCAGCAUGAGGGUGCCUAGAGAAAGAAACACGAUUGGGGCGAAUUGGCUUAAAGGGUAUUGUUUACUAUAAAUCUAUUUGAGAGGGGGAGCUUUCUAGUGUAAUAUGUCCUAUUAUAGGCACUCUGCAGAAGGACCCCCAAUCAAUAUGCAGAAAAAAAGCUUUUACUCACCUGAAAUCCAGUGUUGGGAGAAGCUUCCGGCACUGAUCUUCCACGGUUCUCCGUAGUCACUGGGGCCAUGUGUGGUCCAAUCGCAAACCUAUGUUCUGGUCUGCCAAUCUCUUGUGGUGGGGAUGCAACUAGCCCCCAGCACACAAUUACAAAUAUCUCAGUAUGUGCCGUGUUUCAAGCUGAAAUACUGCACAUACUGACUCCUUACACCAUGACCACUUCAGUGAUUUGAUUGGUGGUUGGUGUACCUCUUUAACCCCUUAAGGACACGUGACAUGUCAUGAUUCCCUUUUAUUCCAGAAGUUUGGUCCUUAAGAGGUUAAAGUACUAAAAGUAGGGCAAACGCCAUGGAAACAGGUGGAAUCAUCAAGCAUAUUUCAUUGCUGUCGCCUCCUCUUUUUGUUUUGUUUUUUUAAAAAUAUUUUUGUACCACUUUUUUUUUAGAAGAGCACUUUUUUAAAAUCAACAGACCUCCCCAAUCGCAUUAUGUAUUGGAGAGUAUUUCUUACACUGCCGCCAAGAAGUUGCAAUGAUUUGGUUUUAAAUUUACUGCAAUUACCUAUAGUGAAGAAACCCAUGUGUAUUUCUACGUGUGUAUAUGUUGGACUUUGAGGGGGCAAAACCAGCAUUUGAUAUGAUCCUGCCUUGUGAUGGUGGGUAAACAAUGGUCCUCAAUAUAUUAAAAGGGGGAAAUGGAACUUUAAAUUAUUGGUUCUAAUAAGAAGGUGCAGUCUCACAUCUGCUUUGAUUUUAGAAAUAGCCAAUGGUUGCCUAUCAAGCUGUUUAAGCUACAAUUCCCAUAUGGCUCAGUCUGAAUAUUCAUCUUGGUUAAGAGCCAUGGAAUGAAGUUCUAGAGAUACUUAGUCUAAAUCUAAUGUAGAACUUGCCUCCGACCACCCAAUAGUAUUACUAAACCAAAUAUAUUUGAUAUAGUAUCGUAGUUGUUUAUUUCAUUGUCAUCAAACAUGUGUAGCUGCUGUACCAAUGAACAUUAAAAAAAAACAAAACAUAUUUAUUACUCAUUUUUAUUUAUGUAUUUGUUUUUGCGAUAAAGGUUAAAAAUGUACCAGAAGUCCCAGAGUCUGUGCCUGCAAUGUCUGUGUACAAUGAGAAAGUCAAUGGAUCCGUUGUGGAGUACAGGAGCAUGAAUGGUGCGGUUCAGUGCUAUCCAGAAUCCAACUAUGGAUCACAUCCGUAAGUUAAAUCUUUCUUUCAAAAUUGUACUUGUCCUGUAUAUUAACCAGAAAUUAACGAUUUAAGAAAAUUAGUUGAAAAAACAAAAUAAAAAAAGCUUGUUCACCAGUGAAAGUUCGAGUUACGCGGGACAUAGAUAUAGUUUGUCCUCAUUAACUCCUUCAAGAAAGAGUAGUUAUGUCCUUUUUAAAGCGCAAGCACGGUUAUUGGAAUCUGACUGUGUGUUCAUUUUAAAAUGUUCUGAUUUAAUUACUUUGAUAGAAAAACUUUGGUUCUGUAAAAUACAGUAAAGAAGGAGUUAAGUUAUCUCCCCCCUGACACACACGUAGGUUUUUGACAAUAUUACCAUAAACUUCAUAGAAUGUGACGGCAGAUCAGAACCAUUCGGCCCAUCUAGUCUGCCCAAUUUUCUAAAUACUUUCAUUAGUCCCUGGCCUUAUCUUAUAGUUAGGAUAGCCUUAUGCCUAUCCCACGCAUGCUUAAACUCCUUUACUGUGUUAACCUCUACCACUUCAGCUAGAAGGCUAUUCCAUGCAUCCACUACCCUCUCAGUAAAGUAAUACUUCCUGAUAUUAUUGUUAAACCUUUGUCACUCAAGUUUAAGACCUCUUGUCCUCUUGUUGUGGUAGUUUUUCUUCUUUUAAAUAUAGUCUCCUCCUUUACUGUGUUUAUUCCCUUUAUGUAUUUAAAUGUUUCUAUCAUAUCCCCCCUGUCUCGUCUUUCCUCCAAGCUAUACAUGUUAAGAUCCUUUAACCUUUCCUGGUAAGUUUUAUUCUGCAAUCCAUGAACCAGUUUAGUAGCCCCUCUCUGAACUCUCUCUAAGGUAUCAAUAUCCUUCUGAAGAUACGGUCUCCAGUACUGCGUACAAUACUCCAAGUGAGGUCUCAACAGUGUUCUGUACAAUGGCAUGAGCACUUCCCUCUUUCUACUGCUAAUACCUCUCCCUAUGCAACCAAGCAUUCUGCUAGCAUUUCUUGCUGCUCUAUUACAUUGUCUGCCUACCUUUAAAGGGAUUCUCUAGUGCCAGGAAAACAAAUCCGUUUUCCUGGCACUAGAGAAUUCUGGAAUGCCCCCUCCCUUCCGCCUCCCCAUCCCACCUCGCUGUUGGGGUUAAAACCCCCUCAGACACUUACCUGAAUCCAGCGCGAUGUCCAUCGGCACUGGGUCAGGCUCCGCCCACGCUCCUCACCCACGACAUCUGCCUGUGGUGGAGACCUAAUGCGCAUGCGCUGCAAUGGUCAUGCGUGCGCAUUAGACCUCCCCCCCAUAGGAAAGCAUUAUUCAGUGCUUUCCUAUGGAGAUCCCUGCGACGCUGGAGGUCCUCAUGCAUAGUGUGAGGACAUCCAGCAUCGUUUAAGAAGCCUGAAGUCCCUCUAGUGGCUGGCUGGUAGACAGCCAAUAGAGGAGGACUUAACCCUGAAAGGUAAUUAUUGCAGUUUAUAAAAACUUCAGUAAUUACACUUGCAGGGUUAAGGGUGAUGGGAGUUGGCACCCAGACCACUCCAAUGGGCAGAAGUGAUCUGGGUGCCCACAGUGUCUCUUUAAGUCAUCAGAAAUAAUCACCCAUAAAUCUCUUUCCUCAGAUGUUGAGGUUAGGACUCUAUCAAAUAUUCUGUACUCUGCCCUUGGGUUUUUACGUCCAAGAUGCAUUAUCUUGCACUUAUCCACAUUAAAUGUCAGCUGCCACAACUCUGACCAUUUUUCUAAUUUACCUUCAGUUACUACACUGCACAGGAAGAGUACAAGGAAAAGUAAUCUAGGCUUAUAUGUAAAAUAGAUAGAAAGUAUUAGUAAUUUUCAACAACCAACUGAGUGACCUUCUAGAGAGAAAAUGGCAGGUUGGUCUAAUGGAAAAGGGGGUGGGGGGCAACCCCCAGAAUUAACUAACUAGAAGACAAAGAAAAAAAACACUUGGGUAAACCAUUUAAUAAAGUAACCCAAAUAAUAAAUAAAACGUCACUUUUAAUAUGUUUUAUUAAAAUGUUCUAGAAACUCUUAUCAUGAAUAAUGUUGGUAUCUAUGAAGUAUGAAGAAAAUCCUACAAAAAAAUAACUAAUCCAGAGGAGAAUUUAUGAUCAAAUAAGAUCUGUUUCAAUUGAUCAUAGGCACAACAGAGUAGGGAACUUAAAGCAGCACUGUCAUGCCGAACUUACCUUUCCUCAAUCUCUUCCUCUUCUCCCCCUCUCUCAGGAUCUGUUCUUCUUUUCUUCCGGUCUUCUUUAGUUUUCUUUAAAAUCAUAAGACCUUAUGGAGGUUUCCUCCGCUUGACCAGCUUUGACCAGCGGAGGAGCAAAGUGUGCUUCAUUUCCGCUGGUCAGAGCAAUUUUCCCAUGAUCCUUAGCUUUCCUCCCUGUUCCCACGAUGCUUCCUGUCAGUAUUGCUGAACGUCCUGUCACUUAGACAGAACGCCGACAAAACUGCAGAAUUGCAUCCUAACAGAGUGAGAACAGUUUCUCCAUUCAUGUUAGGAUGCAAUUCAGGACUUUGUUCGGAUCGCAAUUGGGGGGAGGGCCUAUUGUUCUCCCCUCGGCACCCACCCAUGGGCAAUGGGUGGUUGCCCUAAAUGAUAAUGGGGGGGCUACUGUCCUCCCUACCCCUGAGCAGUGGGUGGGGGCCCUAAAAACAAUAAGGGGGGCCUACUGUCCUCCCCACCCCCACCCCUGAGCGGUGAGUGGGGGCCCUAAAAACAAUAAGGGAGGGACCUACUGUUCUCCCCAUGGCCCCCACCCCUGAGCAGUGGGUGGGGGCCUUAAAAACAAUAACGGGGGGACCUACUGUCCUCCCCCCCCCCCGGCCCCCACCCCUGAGCGGUGGGUGGGGCCCUAAAAAAAAUGGGGAUAGUUUUAUUUGGGUGGGGUGGGUGACUAGAGGCUUGGGACCCCUAGUCACCUUGAUUGGGGGUUGAAUCUUUUUUUUUUUGGGGUGGGGCCCCCUUUCCACCGCUCAGGGGUGAGGGCUGGGGUGGAGGACAGUAGGUCCCCUUAUUGUUUUUUAGGGCCUCCUCCCAAGGCUCAGGGGUUGGGGGCUGGGGGAGGACAGUAGCCCCCUUAUUGGUUUUUUAGGGCCCCCACCCACCACUCAGAGGUGGGGACCGGGGGGAGGGCAGUAGGUUUUUUAGGGCCCCCACCCACCGCUCAGGGGGGGGGGGGGGGGAGGACAGUAGGUCACCCCCUUAUUGUUUUUUAGGGCCCCCACCCACCGCGCAGGGGUGUGGGCCGGAUAGUAGUUUUUCUUUCUUUUUUUUUCUUUUUUUUUAAACAGUAAGCAGCCACAGGCUGCUCAUUGUUUAGUGGACAUACCCCUACUCGUGGUAUAGCGAGUAGGGGCAUUGGGGAGAUUUUAAUCUCCCUUAUGCUAUUAUGGGGGUCAUAUUGACCCCCAUAGAGGGUGGGGGGACCUGGGGGGCUUAUGAAGUAGCUGGGAGCACUGCUCCCUGCCGCUUCAAUCUUUACAUAUUACAAGGAGGGAGCUGCGUGCCGGUAGCUCCCUCCUUGUAAUAAACUGAACAAACAAAUGAACACUGAUGAACAGUGUUUGUUCGUCUGACAUUGCUAUUCAUUCAUUCGUCUUUCUGAUGAAUGAAUAGAUGAAAUUCCCGUUCGCAUGUCCAAGUGUUUAAUGUGCGGGAAUCUCAGCGCUAUCUAGUGUGGGCAGAUGACGUGUCCCACAGGGACUUCCUCUACCCAAACAAAGAUGGGGGCAGAAAAUAAAGAUUAAAAAAUAGGUAAUGUGGGGGGCUUAGGGGCAUUUGGGGGUGUCUAAGGGGUCAAUUAGAGAGGAGGGUUAAAAAAAUGGGAUUUGGCCAUGACCGUACAGCUUUAACAUCCUGCAGGAUUUGUUCACCGCUCUGUUACAAUAUAUAUUUCUCCUCCUGGCUAAGAUGAUAUGAUACAAAAGUAAAAAUUACACAUCUCGUUACAUUUUGGUUUCAUACAACGAUGUAUGGUGUGAUCACUAAAUUAUUUUCCACCUGUAUAUACUGUACUCUUUUUUUUUUAAACUGAAUUUAUAGCUAACUUUAACUACCUAGGGCAUUUGACAUUUGUAUCAAGUGGGUCGAACAUUCUAUAUUUUCUCUGGGAAAUGAUUUACUGAGGCGUAAACGACUUAUCUGUCUGAAUAUCUGAUUCUGAUUGGCUGCUGACGCGUCCGUUCCUCUCAGAAGCUAUAUUGUACCCUGUUCUCUCCCAACUUGCUACACAAGAUUGUUGCAUAUCGCGUUUUUUGGUUUUUAUUUAAUAGAAUUCCGGAGGAGGUAUUUCCAGUGAAAAAUGACACCGGCAUGGCUCCAAAAUCUUACAGCAGUAGCUCUGAUGCAACCAGCAAAAAAGCUCCACGAAAAAAAAACCCAGGGAGACCAAAGCGAUCCCAAAUUGAUUACGAAGAUACAGAUUAUGCCACGGGAGGAGAAUCAUGCGAUGAACUAGAUGACGACGAAUGGGACAGGUAACCGCUUGAAGCCUGUAAUUUUACUUUAAUUCUUUGUAUUCAGUGUAUAUUUUAACAUUUUCCUGUAUAAUUUAAGCCUCAAUUUAAUAAGCUUUCCAAAUGAUUCAGUACUGUACAAAUGAUUGCUCUCCAAAAAUGCCCGUAAACGUUAAAGGGACACUAUAGUCACCUGAACAACUACAGCUUAAUGUAGUUGUUCUGAGGAGUAUAAUCACAUCCUUCAGGCAUUUUCCUGUAAACACCGCCUUUUCUUUUUUUUUUUUUUUUCUUUUUUUUUUUUUUUUUUAGAGAAAAGGCAGUGUUUACAUUGCCCGUAGGGACCCCUCCAAGUGGCCACUCCUCAGAUGGCCACUGGAGGUACUUCCUGGCUCAGCACUGCACAGUAGGCAGCACUACCAUUCAGUGUCUCCACGCUCUGCAUCGGGACGUUAAAUGCUCCUCAUAGAGAUGCAUUGAAUCAGUGCAUCUCUAUGAGGAAGUGCUGAUUGACCAAAAUGGCGUUUGGCCCCGCCCCUUGCCGAUUUUUAUUUUUAUUUUUAUUUUUUAUUUUUUUCCCCCUACAAUUAUGAUGACAUCACCAAGGGGGUGGAGCUAGAGCCAGCAGACCUGUGCGGUGAUGGAAAUAAGGUGAGUUUUACGAACUUUUAAGGGGGCUAAGGCCACCUAAAUGGUGGGUUCAAAACUAUAGAGUUAGGAAUACAUGGUUGCGUUCUUGACCCUAUAGUGUUCCUUUAAUGAUGACUUCAGUAGAUAUAAUUCACUAGGAAAGUUUUUUGUUUUUGUUUUUUUAGUUUAUUUUUUUUAUUUUCAUCAAACAGCAUUCAAUCUAUUGGAAUGCUUGUUAAAUUGAAACCUAAGUUGGCUAGAAGCAAGCAAAUUUACAGGGACACUGUGUGCACCUAACAUCUUCAUCAGAAUAAAGUUUCAUGGUUAGACGUGGUCCCAGCCAUAGGCGUGCGCACGGGGUGUGCCGGGUGUACCUGGGCACACCCAAAUCCCCGCGGCACGCCUAUGUAUAUUGAGACCGGCAGGGGAGAUCUCAGGAUCUCCCCUGUCGGCUCAUGCAGAGCCGGCGCUAUCCGAGCGCCAGCUCUGCUCUCAGCCUCCCUCCCCACUGACCCACAUGCAGGGAGGGAGGCAGGAGAGGACCGGCGGAGCUAUUGCCGGCAGCUCCGCCGGGUUCCUCUCGCGAGAUAUGAGCGUUGCCACGGCAACGCUCAAAUCUCGCGAGAGUGAACUCUAGCCCCACAGGGGGCUAGAGUUCACUCUCCACUGGACCACCAGGGAUCACAGCAGCAAGGAGCCCCUCCUCCACUGGACCACCAGGGAAGGAAGCAGCAGCACGAUCCCCCCUCCCUACAAAAGGUAAGAAGGGAGGGGGGAUAGCAAGUAAUGUAACCCCACCUCCACCCCCCACAAUCACCCACCCACAUACAUCACCCACCCACAUACACAGCACCCACCCACAGACAUACACAGCACCCACAGACAUACACAGCACAGCACCAGCACAGACAUACACAGCACCCACAGACAUACACAGACAUACACAGCACCCACAGACAUACACAGCACCCACAGACAUACACAGCACCCACAGACAUACACAGCACCCACACACAUACACAGCACCCACACACAUACACAGCACCCACACACAGCACCCUCACACACACACAGCACACUAACAGUACCCUCACAAACACAAACAGGACCCUAACAAACACACACACUGCACACUACCAGUACCCUCUCACACAAACAGCACCCUCACACACAGUACAUUAACAGCACCCUCACACACAGUACAUUAACAGCACCCUCACAAGCACGCACACACAAACACCCUCACCCACAUAGCACACUACCAGCACCGUCACACACACAUCACACUAACAGCACCCUCACACACACAUCACACUAACAGCACCCUCACACACACAUCACACUAACAGCACCCUCACACAGCACACAUACACACACACACACACACACACACACACACAGCAGUGUGUAUGUGUGUGUAUGUAUAUAUAUAUAUAUAUAUAUAUAUAUAUAUAUAUAUAUAUACGGCUUGUGCUUUAGGGUGCACACCCUAAUGCAAUAGGCUGUGCACGCCUAUGGUCCCAGCCACCGGUUUACCUUCAGGUUAAACCAUUAAUAAGUUGUUUUAAGCACAGAGUAUUCAGUCCGCGCAUGGCCAUCCAAGCUUAGGACUAGGCGCCACUGUUUGAGCUAAGAGCUUUCUCCAAGCUAAGUUCCUCAUCACAUUUAGAAAUUCAACUGAUUUCUAAACAAAUCUUGAUGUCUGUGUGCAAAGAAUAGAAACAAAUCCAUUUGGUCAGUGAUAAUCCCAAACAAUUUCCUCAAAAUACUUGCCCAACGCACACUCUUCUAACUUGCUUUCCUGCCCCCCUCCCCAACAGUAGUUCUAAAGAAUAAAUUUAGAUGAAGGUGAAUUAAACUCUUUAGUUACGUUAAUAAUUUCACACUUGUUAGGGUUUCCCUUGAGAGUUCCCCUAGCAAACAUUAUCUUUUUAGGCCCAUAAUUCAAAUUUAGACAGAAGACUAACAUUUACAACUUCACUGUCCCAAUCCCCCACAGUUAUGUGCCCAUCUUCCCUUCACCAACUUAUCUUUUCCAAGGAUUCUGCUGAGAGUCUAUAUUUGCAAAUUUCUUCAUACACAAAUGUUACAUUUCUUGAAAGUUCAGAAAAUCUCACUGUAAAAUGGAGAAUGGGUAAAACCUCAUGGAGGAAAGGCCUGCAAGCCUUGGAGAAAUCUCUACUACAACCACAAUGUCAUAUUCAGUGUGCACAGCUUGAAUUCUUUCUACUGGAUGCUAUGAUUUUCAUUGACAAGUCAUUGUUUUUCAUGUCAAAAAGAUCAGAACAUUAAAUUGUUUCCCUUGCAGAGAGUACCCGCCCAUCACGUCAGACCAAAUGAGGCAGGAAUACAAGCGUGACUUUGAUGCUGGCCUUCAGGAGUACAAGAGGUUACAGGCUGAAUUAGAUGAUGUUACAAAGUCUCUAUCUCAACUGGACAAAGAGCUUGAUGAAUAUCCAGAAGAAAGUCGCGAAUACAAGGUAAUUUUGUUUUGUUUAUUUUCUUCACCAUUACUGAUUUAUCAUUAGAUUGAAAUCUGAAGUAGAACAAACUCUUCUCAAACUACGUAAUACUUCCAGGAAUAAAUUAACAUUUAUUUUUAAUGUGUAGAUGAGAUGGUAUUUUGAGUAAAGUCGUUCGUCAAUAAGGCCUUGUUCCCCACUUUUUAUAUUAUUAUUAUUAGUAGUAGUAGUAGUAGUAGUAGUAGUAGUAGUAGUAGUAGUAGUAGUAGUAGUAUUUAUAUAACUAAAUUUGCUUUUUAAAUUCCUAGGAUGCUGCAGCAGAAUACAAUCAUCUCAAGAGCAUAAAAUCGGUAAGAGAGAGUUUUCCAUGAUAAUUUUAAUCACAAUUCAAUCACACUUUUAUAAUAUAUGACAUUCUCUAGUUAGUGAUGGUUUGAGAUUUGGUAGAAAUAGUAUUAAUUUAAAUUUUAUGAUUUUUUUUUUUUUUUUUUAUCUUUUCUUUGUUCCCAUCAGACUCCAGAUUUCCAGAACAAAAAGAAACGUUGCAAACAGCUGAAGAACAAACUAAACCACGUUAAGAGGAUGGUCAGCGACUACGACAACAAAAAAUAAGGGCUCAGUGAUGCCGAUACCUUCUUUGUCAUUCUGUAAAGAUUCCAGUGGCUGAAUAAUCUUUCAGCCCUAAAGACCAAAAAGACAUUUUUGCCAACUGUAUAAAGAAUACAAUCCCUCCAAAUGUUGAAUGUAGGGAAGAGCUCAGUUCUCUUCAAAAUAUGAUUUUUUUUUUGAUUUUUUUUCUACUACUAAUCAUAUGGUGGAGGUAACAUUUUUUUACGUGCAACAUAUAAGUAAUGUUUAAAACUUACUGAUUUUUAUGACUUUAUUCAACUUUAAAUUUGUGUGUGUGUGUGUGUGUGUGUGUGUAUAUAUUUUACAAAAAAUAAAUUUCAGUGCAUUGUUUCACAUGUUAAAAAAUGUAACCUUAAAAGAUGAAGCCACAUUUUAAAAUUUUAGAAAUGUGGAUGUUGCUUCUGUCUUGCAAGGAAUACUGAUAGCAUUACUCACAGACCAGAUCUACUGAAGAGCAAGCAAGGGAAAAAUAUGUAUUUUUAAAAAACAAAAAAUGUAAGUACCCUUACAGUAACUUUAAUACUCUGCAACAAUUACUACGAUCACAUAAAACACCACUAUAUAAGACUAGGCUAGCAAAAAAUAUAUAGUCAGACUAAAUUGUAGGGCAUAUAAUGUCUUGCAAACACUUAUUUUGCACAUUGUAAAAAUUUUUUAUUUUAAUGCAGGUUGUUAUUGGACAAUGUAUAGAAUGUUGCUGUUAUGCAUACUUAGAAAAUAGAUAAUUUCACUUGCUGAUUGUAUCUCUUUAAAACUUUGACUGUGAUCAAAAUAUGUGACUGACUGUUCGGAUAGGGCAAUGGUCAAGGAAAGCAGAGGCUCAGCAGCAGUCAGUAGCCUUUUAUAGUCCAUGAUAUUCCAAAAGGUCAUGGUUUUUCUCAAGAUUAUGGGAUGUAUAGUUCUUGAGUAACUGCAGAGCUACUAUCUAGUGAGUAUUCUUGACCAUUAUACAGUUCCCUGGCUUGAAUAUUUUUACAAAGGGCUGUACAAUUAAAUACAAAUAUCUGUAUAUCUAUAUUAUCUAAAGUGGAUACAGUUGAUAAUUGUCCCACCUCUGUAGGGGUAAAUGGGUUCCUCUAGUUGGUGUAGAUUUCUAAAGCAGGGGGAACUCAUAACUAAAAAACUGUUAUAUCUGUGGCGCUUGUAGGGAUAUUUGGAAGUACAUGAAACAGAAUGUGGUGAUUUAAAAAAAAAAAAAAAAAAUUGAAAACUUUAGGCAAAAGUAGCUGAUAUAAGAUCAUCCAACCUUGCUUUAAUGGGCUCUUCUAUCCUUAAUUUGCAAAUUGGUUUCUUAUUCAAUAAUAAUGCCGCUUUCAGACUUAACCAAUAAAUGUUAGAAACACAGGUUCUUCUAAGCCAUGCAGAACUACUUAACCUGUCAACUUCCGGUAAUUGUCCUGCAUCAUCUCAUUAUGAACUGCUGGAUGUCAUGCAUAAUACAGACCAAUGAACGUUAUAUAUGUAUUUUUUUUGUUUGUUUGUUUUCGAUUUAAGCUUCUAAUCUGAGGUAAUGUUUGUUUGUAAAUAUAAUGUGAAAAGUAGGUGUAUGAAUGACAAUCAGUGGAAUACUUUCACGUUGGCAAUAAUGAAUGUAC